UUCAAAUAUUAGUCUGUGUCAACUCGCUCUCUGGUUCGGUUCGUUUGCGUUAUACCGUAAUAUUUGUGUAAUAACGGAAUUUUUUAAGUCAAACUCUCACAACACAAUCAGCUUGAUACGAUUCGUCGCUGGAUUUUUUUUUGUUGUUUUCGUUGAAUGUUCUCAAAUGCAAACGACAAUUGAAAACGAUAUCAGUAGUUGUACCUAAAUACCUAUAGUUUUUUAUUCGUAUUUUAUUUAAUCAGUUAUCACUUAUCACAGUUUAACAGUUGAAAAGCAUUAAAGAAGAAAAAAAAAGUGAUUACAGUGGGCAAAAUUGUAAAAAAAGCAAAGCAAAUUUUGAAUACAAAAAAAAAAGUGAUGUAAGGUCUAAAAAGUUAUUACAAAAAUAAACUUAAGCUUAAUAGAUUACAGCGCCCUCUUUAGUGUCUAAGUGUCACCUCUCUCUCUUUCUCUCUCUAACGGUGCAUCCAAAAUUCCAAAACACAAACUAAACAUGACUACAAACGCCGAAAUCCUUCCAUACCACCAAACCACAAUAUCUCUCCAAACCGCUGCAGCUCUCUCCAGCUAUCAUGGCGGUGGAGCUGGUGGCGGCGGGGGUGGAGGUACAACCACACAUAUCGGUUGGACCUUGGACGAUCAUCUGUAUCAACAGACUGAAUUACACGGAAUGACUCCACACAGGACACAUCACCUGCUUCGUUUCACCCCUUACGCCCUGCAUAGACCCCAAUUACAGACCCUUAGCCAUCAUCACCAUCACCACCAUGCGCAUCUGCCUCCAGCUAUCUUCCUGCAGCAUGCCACCGGAUCGGCUAUGAAGUCUCACCAGCGUCCUGCGACCCCAGCUUCCCCUCCCCCGCCAGAGGGCACUCACAUCGGUCAUCUGUAUCCCGAGAUCCUUGAGAUGAUCUUUCAAAGGCUUCCGGUCAAAGAUCGCGGUCGUGCUGCUCAGGUCUGUACGAAUUGGCGAGAUGCCGCAUACGCAAAGAGCGUGUGGAAGGGAGUGCAAGCUAAGCUGCAUCUGAAACGCUCUAGUCCUAGUCUCUUUGCAUCGCUAGUGCGAAGGGGUAUAAAGAAAAUCCAAAUUCUCUCCCUGCGUCGAUCACUCCGCGAUUUGGUGAUGGGUGUGCCAAAUAUGGUAUCUCUGAAUCUAAGCGGUUGUUAUAAUGUCGCCGAUAUCAAUUUGGGACAUGCAUUCUCUAUGGACCUGCCCAAUCUUAAAGAACUCGAUCUUUCCCUAUGCAAACAGAUCACCGAUACUAGUCUAGGACGAAUAGCUCAACAUCUGAAGAAUCUUGAGACCUUAGAACUCGGAGGUUGUUGUAAUAUCACAAAUACAGGUCUUCUAUUGAUCGCGUGGGGUCUCAAGAAAUUAAAGAACCUUAACCUCCGAUCAUGCUGGCAUAUUAGCGAUCAAGGUAUUGGACACCUAUCCGGUCUAAGUAAGGAGACCGCCGAAGGCAAUUUGGAACUAGAAUAUCUCGGUUUACAAGAUUGCCAGAGGCUGAGUGAUGAAGCACUCGGUCAUAUAGCACAAGGUCUAACGUCACUUAAACGAAUCAAUUUGAGUUUCUGCGUUUCGAUAACGGAUAGCGGACUCAAGCAUCUAGCAAGGAUGCCCAAGCUACAGCACUUAAACCUAAGAUCCUGCGAUAAUAUCUCCGACAUUGGCAUGGCCUAUCUGACAGAGGGCGGUAGUGGUAUUGCCUCAUUGGAUGUGAGCUUUUGCGAUAAGAUUAGCGAUCAAGCUUUGACGCAUAUCGCUCAAGGUCUCUUCCAAUUGCGAUCAUUGAGUCUAAAUCAGUGCCAAAUUACCGAUCAAGGAAUGUUAAAGAUUGCCAAAUCUCUGCAUGAGCUGGAACAUUUAAAUAUUGGACAAUGUAGUCGGAUAACUGAUAAAGGUUUGCAAUCGCUAGCUGAUGAUUUGGUGAAUUUGAAGACGAUCGAUUUGUAUGGUUGUACGCAAUUGUCAUCGAAGGGGCUGGAUGUGGUUAUGAAGUUGCCCAAAUUGUCAAAGUUAAAUCUCGGAUUAUGGCUUGUAAGAUGAUGCGUUAAUUGGGAGGCAUUGAUAUGGUCGUUAUCGUCGUCGUCGAAGUCGUUGUUGACAUUAUCACCAAAGUACUACAGGAUCAUCGUUAUAUUCAACAUCAUCCUUAUUUUCAUCAUGAUCGUCCACACUGUAAUAGCUUUUUUUUUUU